GUUCUCUUCGCAGCAAAUCAAAACAAGCAAGCAAACUGAAAACAUCGCGAAAGCGAAAAAGCAAACCAAAACAAACCGAGCUGAACAAGCUAAGUGCAUUAAAUUGCAGAAUUAAAGUUAUUCAAGCUAAAAAGUAUUGAAGACAAGCAAAAAGUUAAGCAACUUGGAAAAGCGACAACACCCGACUUUUAGCAAGUCUGAAAGUUACAAAUCUCAGAAGUAAGAAACAAGAGGUAUCCACAAAACACACAAAAUGCCUGCCAUUGGAAUCGACUUGGGCACCACGUACUCCUGCGUGGGCGUCUACCAGCACGGCAAGGUGGAAAUCAUUGCCAACGACCAGGGCAACCGCACCACACCAUCCUACGUGGCAUUCACGGACUCCGAGCGUCUGAUCGGCGACGCCGCCAAGAACCAGGUGGCGAUGAACCCCCGGAACACAGUGUUCGACGCCAAGCGCCUCAUCGGACGCAAGUACGACGACCCAAAGAUCGCGGAGGACAUGAAGCACUGGCCCUUCAAGGUGGUCAGCGACGGCGGAAAGCCCAAAAUCGGCGUGGAGUUUAAGGGCGAGGCCAAGCGUUUUGCCCCCGAGGAGAUCAGCUCAAUGGUGCUGGUCAAGAUGCGGGAGACGGCGGAGGCCUAUCUGGGCGAGAGCGUCACGGACGCGGUCAUCACUGUGCCAGCCUACUUCAACGACUCCCAGCGCCAGGCCACCAAGGACGCCGGCCGCAUCGCUGGACUGAACGUGCUCCGAAUCAUCAACGAGCCCACGGCGGCAGCACUGGCCUACGGCCUGGACAAAAAUCUUCAGGGAGAGCGCAACGUGCUCAUCUUUGACCUGGGUGGCGGCACCUUUGACGUCUCCAUCCUGACCAUCGACGAGGGAUCUCUGUUCGAGGUACGGGCCACCGCAGGAGACACACACCUGGGCGGUGAGGACUUCGACAACCGGCUGGUCACGCACCUGGCGGAUGAGUUCAAGCGCAAGUACAAGAAGGACCUACGUUCCAACCCGCGCGCCUUGCGUCGUCUACGUACGGCUGCCGAGCGGGCCAAGCGCACACUGUCCUCCAGCACGGAGGCCACCAUCGAGAUUGACGCGCUGUUCGAAGGCAACGACUUCUACACCAAGGUGAGCCGUGCACGCUUCGAGGAGCUGUGUGCAGACCUCUUCCGCAACACCCUGCAGCCCGUGGAGAAGGCGCUUACCGACGCCAAGAUGGACAAGGGCCAGAUUCACGACAUAGUGCUCGUGGGCGGCUCCACCCGUAUCCCCAAGGUGCAGAGCCUGCUGCAGCAGUUCUUCCACGGCAAGAGCCUGAACCUCUCCAUCAACCCAGACGAGGCGGUGGCCUACGGAGCCGCCGUGCAGGCCGCAAUCCUUAGCGGGGACCAGACUGGCAAGAUCCAGGACGUGCUGUUGGUGGAUGUAGCACCCCUCUCGCUCGGCAUCGAGACCGCCGGCGGGGUGAUGACCAAACUGAUUGAGCGCAACUGCCGCAUCCCUUGCAAGCAGACGAAGACCUUCUCCACGUACUCGGACAACCAGCCCGGAGUUUCCAUCCAGGUAUAUGAGGGCGAACGUGCGAUGACCAAGGACAACAAUGCUCUGGGAACCUUCGACCUGUCCGGCAUCCCGCCGGCCCCCCGAGGAGUGCCCCAGAUCGAGGUCACCUUCGACAUGGACGCUAACGGCAUCCUGAACGUCUCUGCCAAGGAGAUGAGCACGGGCAAGGCCAAGAACAUCACCAUCAAGAACGACAAGGGACGGCUCUCGCAGGCGGAAAUCGACCGCAUGGUGAACGAGGCCGAGAAGUAUGCCGACGAGGACGAGAAGCAGCGGCAGCGCAUCACCUCUCGAAACGCGCUUGAGAGCUACGUCUUCAACGUAAAGCAGGCUGUGGAGCAGAGUGGCUCUGGAAAGCUGGACGAAGCCGAUAAAAACUCCGUUCUGGAGAGAUGCAAUGAGAUUAUCCGCUGGCUGGACACCAACACCACCGCUGAGAAGGAGGAGUUCGACCACAAGCUGGAGGAGCUUACCCGCCACUGCUCCCCCAUUAUGACAAAGAUGCAUCAGCAGGGAGCGGGAGGAGCCGCUGGUCCUGGAGCCAACUGUGGUCAGCAGGCCGGUGGCUUUGGAGGAUACUCUGGCCCCACUGUGGAGGAAGUCGACUAAGAGGACUUUGUGUUCACAAGUAUUAGCGGAUCUCAUUCCUAAUUUAUCAUUUUUAAGACUGAUUCGGAUUUUUGGUUGAGAACUCAAAAGAAAUCUUACAACACCCUUGUCCUAAGAUAGUUAUAGAAUGUUACAUAUAUGCUUAAC